ACUGUCGCUUCGUCUUUUACUGGUGAGUAAGUUAGUAAUGAGAAAUGAACUUUGAUUUGAUGCAGUGAUUGAAACGUAUUAGUGCUUUGACAGGUGUGGACGCGCAAAAAGCGCACUUACUGUAAGUGACUGAUCAUCAUACACAUUUAAUAUGCAAAGCUGCUUUAGAUAAAACUUGUUAAAAAAGGGGAAAAAGUAACUGAUGGGACACAUUGUCAGUAGGGAUGACAGUACUGCAGGGCUGCUGUUUAGUACUGAGCUGAUCCGGCCUGCCUGCCUGGGGCUUCAGCCAAACAAGUGUCACCUGCUGGAACACACACCUGUUGCCCCGUGCUACAUACCCACUAGCACACACACCGUGUUCGGACAGCUGGAGCAUCCGCUGAGACUUGUGUGUUUUUCGUGCCAAAUUUUUAGAGCAUCGCGUUUGUGUCCGUUGUAUCUGCUGAGGUUUAAAUUCACGCUUGGAUAUGAUGAGUGUUUCGAACCCCUGCGCUGGAGUGCCAAAGAGCGCGAAGCUGUGGUGAGGGACCCUGGCUGGCGUUGACGUAACGCAGAGCUCGCUGCGAUGGCCCCAGUCGUCAACUAGAAGGGUUGCCCAGCUGUUGUCCCUGUGUCCUAAACCUCGUCUUCGAAACGGCGGACUCGUCUGAACUCAUCAUGGAAGGAACGGAAGCCCCCACGCCAGAGGUGAACGUGUGCGCGUUGGAGGUCGAGCGGAAGUACGAAGUCGUCCCUGCCAUCAUCUGCUCCAUGUGCUUUCUGUUCGGCAUCAUCUACUGCUUCUUCGGGUACCGCUGUUUCAAAGCGGUUAUGUUCCUGUCUGGCCUGAUGUUCGGCUCGGUGGUCAUCUUCCUGUUGUGCCACAGGGAGCGAGUGCUGGACACCGAGCUGAGCGUGGAAGCCAGCGCGGGCAUCAGCCUGGGUAUCGGCCUGCUGUGCGGUCUAGUCACCAUGCUGGUCCGCAGCGUGGGGCUUUUCAUGACCGGCCUUUUGCUGGGGCUCCAGCUCGCCAUCGCCGCCCUGGUGGCCACCAGUCACUUCUGCACACUAGGCACGGUGUGGGUGCCCCUGGGGACGCUGCUAGGGGCCGGGGUGCUGUGUGCCGUACUGGCCCUACAGUGGCAGAAGCUGCUCACGGUGCUCUCCACCGCUGUGUUCGGGGCGGCCGUCGUGACUGCGUGCGCUGAUUAUUUUGUGGAGACGUUCGCUUUAGCCACCCACGUGUACGACUGCCUGCGCCUAUCGCCCUCCCCGCCGCUCUGCUGGUACAGCUGGGUGAUCCUGGCUAUUUGGCCUGCCCUCGGCCUCAUGGGCAUCCUGGUGCAGUGGAACCUGACCGCUGAUGGAUUCUCCCACACCGAGGUGAUCGUCAGCAGGCGGCAGAAGAAGGUCCAGCUGAUGCGUAUCCGGCAGCGAGAGGCCAAGAAGCGUCAGCAAAGCGGCAGUCAGCCGGGCUCGUACCGCCGCAAAGCUACGCCCAUCAAGCGCUAUGCCGGAGACAUCUUGGCACCGAGCUACCUGCAGAGCCUGCGUGAGCGUCAGAUGGGCACAGGCACCUCACUCAGCAGCCUGGGCACUGCCAACCAUACCAUGGAUUACGACUUCGAGACGGGCUCCACGGUGCCGCUGACAGCUGCUGUCGCCGCCCCGGUCAUCCGCGUGUGACGCUGGUGCCGGAUCUUCUCACGGAAACUUCCGCUGAACUUCAUCCGCUUCCUUCCUGGGCUCUAGAUGAGUCAGGAGGCGCUCGGCAUGGGCUCUCCUCCCCCGGGUGAAUGCGGCAGGGAGUUGGACACGCUGUACCCGUUCCGCCAGUACAUCCCAGUUUCAGUGCUCCUCACUGUCCUACGCUGCACCUGGUCCUAUCAUGACCGUGCAAAGCGGAGUCGCAGCCAAAGUGAUUCCUCCCUUGACAGCGAUGAACCCAGUCAUGCUUUUCGAUAACAUAUUGGAGAGGAACUUUAAAACAUUGCCCCCCUCCCCCCCCAAUCACCUCUUCAUGGAAAUACAAAAGCAAUAGAGUUAUUGAUGCUUACAGUAGUGAAGCAUUUGUUAUUCUAGACCAUCUCGUGCUUUGAGAGUUUGUUCCGUGUAAAAAGACAUGUCCGUGCAAGAAGAGCAUUUUGCAUUCGCUUCCGAAGAGCAGAACUUGGUCACGGAUUGAACUCGGAGGAGGUGUGUAUAUGAACUUGCGUUAGGUUAAAGCCUCACUGAUCUGUGAAUUUUUUGAUUAAUCCGAUGAAACGUAGCACAGAUGUUGCCUGUGUCACCAUCUGCAGUUAGACUGACUUCUUUUAGGUAGAAUUUAGUUUUUUUUAUUUUUUUAUUUUUAAUAACUGAAUGUUUGGGUCAGACUGAAUAAAUUUUACACCAGGUGAAUGCUCAGUCUCAAGUUUUAAUUUGAUUGGCAAGAGAUGGUUUUUCUUUCAUUUAGACUUAAACUUUUAACUUUUUUUUAUCAUUUUCCAGUAGCAAUAAUUAUGCUUAUUAUACAUCAUUUGCAUGUUAUAUUCCAAAUGUUUGUGUGGGUGAAUAUGACACAUAUUCAGAAAUGGUAGCAAAGGAAUGGAGAGAGAAAUGACAAAAGGACAAGGGCUCUUGCAGGAUUACUGAAACAAUAAGCACUGGCUUUUUGUGCUGGUACUGUCACAAAUGUCACAUGCCAAAAAGUCAAAAUGACGACCAGAAUCUCCAUGGCAAGAGUUCGUUUUAUUUAUAAUAUUUAAGCAAACAUAAGUAACGAUUCCAAUGAAAUUAUUUCCCUAAUAUGUUUGAAAUUUGAUUGGUGAGUACACACUUAUGUAUGACAAGGAUCACAAUGGUGCUUCAUUAAAGUGUCCCUCUUCAAAAAUUCCUAAACAUCUUUACUGUGAGCAAGAAAAUACAAGGUGUUGUGGGGAAAAUUGUCAUCUUCGUUAUACAUGGGAUCAUGCAUGAGGCAAUGUGUUUAACACACGUGCAAAAACUCCUAUUUUCCACAUAUUUCCUUGUAGAAUUGUAAUUUUAUGGUUCUGCACAAGAUUGUAUGCUUGUCUGUCAUUCAUUCUUUUUACUAUGAAUAUUUAACACACUCCUAUAAAUUUGUGUGAUCUUGAUGUGACCCUGAAUUUUUGGAGUGACAAGAGGGUGGAAUUAGAAGUGUUUGUCCAAUCAGUGCUCUUCACCUUCUGGCUACCCUGCUCUUAGGGUGUUGUUGUGACUACAAAACAUAUCUCUCCCCCUCCACUUCAUGGUGACAGUGUUUCAGCAUCUGUGACCAGCACUUCCAGCUGUGACCUGCCUUCCAGAAAGGUCCCAUCAUUUUAUAGGACUAAGCUGUUCUUGAAUUUUUCUGUGUUUUUAAUUGAAUUGAAUUGCCUUUUUAAUUGAGUAAACUUCUGAGUGUGUUAUACAUUCAGGUUUCUACUACUGCUGGCUGCAGUUCAUUUGCUGUUCCCUGAGGCUUGAACCC